CAAGGCAUCGCCAGGCAAGCCAUUGAUCAACGUCCGGCCUCAUUGGGCACUACGAUUGCGAUUACUGACAGCCAGCACAGCCGCUCUUUGUCGCGACUCAUCGCACUUCAUAAUCUUGCAGACAAGUCUAUUCUUCUUUUCGCAGCUCCAGUCCCCUCCCGCUGCGCCAGAGUCAGAAAGUCAGCAUUGAGGGCCCGCGAUGACAACCUAAGAUUCAGCUGCGCACCAGAGCCCAUUGUCUGUUCUUUGACAACAGCCGCAGAAGUGUGCUUGUGAAGACGUUGCAGUCACCAGCGUCGACAAGUCAUCCCGACAAGCACAAGAAUAACAGAUAAACCAGUUUCACCAUGGGUGGUUGGGGCCUCUUUUUCCUCCUCCUGUUCCUUCUCGUCAUCUUCGCCGUUGCCGGUUGGGUUGGCUACACACAAUGGACCGCGCGAAAACAAGGCCUUCCCGCGCCCUCGCUCAAGUCCUGGAAAACAUACAUCCCCUUCAUGAAGACACAAGGCAGCUCGAACUAUCCUGCACCCCGCCACGCGGGACCGCUUGAAUGGAUACGCGACCAAUUUGCUAAGCUGGGCAAUCGGCGCACCGCACGGGGGGCGUAUGAGGAGGCCGGAGACAGGGAGGCCGGGUACUCUGGCCCCCGACGCGGCCGUGGUGUCGAGGAUGACGCCUGGGACACACGUGUGGGCAAUGAAGAUCCGUACGCUCCGGGCCCUGGGUACAGCGGAUAUGAAGAGCAAGAGCUCGGAUUGGCGCCGACGCCAGGACUGCACGCUGAGCCGUAUAGCGCAGGGUAUUCGGAUGGAGCAGAGAGGGGACGACCGAGCUCACGAUCUGGAAGACUCGAUCCGUUCGGCGAUCAGAACGAGGCGCCAAGUUUGAGGUCAGUGAGCCCCCGGCCGGAAGGCGAAGGGAGAGGACAUACAAAGGGGAAUGCGAGUCUGGAUACGCAGGGGAGUGGGGAUGGGAACACUAGUCCGAUUAGUACGCGGAAGAGUGUCUUCAGGGAGAACAUGUCGUGAGAGGAGGGGCAUGGUGAGGUUGACGAGCUGGAUGAGCUGAGCUGAGCUUUCGUGGAAAGAAUUGCAGCUUCGGAGAUCGAACAGAGCAGCACGUCGUCUGCUUACACCCACAGGCACCAUCUCCGAAUUGGCGAGACAAGAUUUUUUUUGUCGGGAACUGCCUUGGCUGUGCAUAUGCAAGGGUACUACAGCUAUUGAAUAAUGUCCAGUAUGGGAGGACUUGAGAGCUUGGAAGCGAACAUUGUACGUCUUGGGAAGGACAUGAAAAUGGGAGUUUCAGGCAUCUGUUUUGUUUAGUAGCUUUCAUGAGAACAAAUAAUCGAAUUUUUCAAGUUGUGUGUACACUGUUA